GGACGAAAGCGGCGACAAGAUGGCGGCGGAGACUGUGGAGCUCCACAAGCUGAAGCUUGCCGAGCUGAAGCAAGAAUGCCUGGCUCGGGGCCUGGAGACGAAAGGCAUCAAGCAGGAUCUCAUAAACAGACUGCAAGCGUACCUCGAGGAGCACGCUGAAGAGGAGCCCAACGAAGAGGACGUGCUGGGAGAUGAAACGGAAGAGGAAGAAGCAAAACCAGCGGAGCCGCCUGUCAAAGAAGAGGAGCAGGCCCCUGAGAAAGCUGCUGACGUGACGGCGGAGAAGAAAGUAGUGAAAAUCACAUCGGAGAUCCCACAGACUGAGAGGAUGCAGAAGCGAGCGGAGAGGUUCAACGUCCCCGUGAGCCUAGAGAGUAAGAAGGCGGCCCGGGCAGCUAGAUUCGGCAUUACUCCUGUUUCGGCCAAAGGUCUGUCAACGGACAUCAAGCCCACGGUGAACAUGGACAAGUUAAAGGAACGGGCUCAGAGAUUUGGUCUGAACGUCUCGUCUGUCUCCAAGAAGACUGAGGAUGAUGAGAAGCUGAAGAAGCGGAAGGAACGAUUUGGCAUUGUCACGAGUUCCGUUGGUGCCACAGCUGGAGCCACAGAAGACACAGAGGCCAAGAAGAGGAAAAGAGCUGAGCGCUUCGGGAUCGCCUGAAGGGCCGGGGGUGGGUGGACUCUGCCAUCCCAUCUCCCUCUGCCGUGCUUGCUGUUCGUCUGUCUUUCCCGACUGACUGUCCACCGGACCACCUGAUUCUGGUGCCCGCUCGCUGCAUUGAUCCCCAUGGGUGCUCGUGUGUACCCGCCCUCCCCCCCA